UCCGCCUCCGCACUGCAUUCCUUCCAGUUCGUUUCGUUGCCGUUCGCUCAGCGCUCGCUUCCACGGUUCCCCCACCCACCACGCGCAUUCGCAUUCGCAUUCGCAGCAGCUGAGACUUGGGAUAUGGUUAUGAAUUCCAAGACCCUUGUUGCUCUCGAUUCCCCCCCUUUCUUUCCUCACUCUCCCUGAGCUGGUGGGUGGCGGCGGCGGCGGCGGCCAUGAGCUGGAGGAGAGGGGACGGGGGCGUGGCGAGGAGAUGGGUCCUGCUGCUCUGCACCGGGAGCUUCUUCCUCGGCCUGCUCUUCACCGACAGGAUGUGGACACUGCCUGAGGUUACUGAAGUUGCCAGGCCAAAUGGAAGGAGAGAGAAGGAGGAUGAGCUUACUGCUGGAGACUGUAAUUCUGCUAAGGUUAAUGUAAAACGAGAUUACAGGGAGAUCCUACAAACCCAAGAUACCCAUCAUGCUGUAUGGACUUUGGAUAAGACAAUAGCAAAACUGGAGACAGAACUUUCCGCUGCGAGAACUCUGCAGGAAUCAUUUCUCAAUGGUUCUCCGGUUUCAGAAGGGCAUAAGGGUUCGGACUCUACAGGAAGGCAGAAAUAUCUUAUGGUGAUAGGCAUUAAUACUGCUUUUAGCAGUCGACAGAGAAGGGAUUCUAUCCGUAACACAUGGAUGCCUCAAGGAAUAAAGAGAAGAAAACUAGAAGAAGAGAAGGGGAUCGUAAUCCGUUUUGUUAUUGGUCACAGUGCUAUUUCAGGUGGCAUUGUGGAGAGAGCAAUCAAGGCAGAGGAAAGAAAACAUGGAGAUUUCAUGAGAAUAGACCAUGUUGAAGGAUACCUUGAAUUGUCUGGCAAAACCAAGACAUACUUUGCUACAGCUGUUUCUUUAUGGGAUGCUGACUUCUAUGUGAAGGUUGACGAUGAUGUGCAUGUUAAUAUAGCAACACUCGGACAGAUUUUAUCGAAUCAUGUUAAGAAGCCCAGAGUAUAUAUUGGAUGCAUGAAGUCCGGUCCCGUCUUAUCUGACAAAGAUGUGAGGUACUAUGAACCUGAGCAUUGGAAAUUUGGUGACCAGUAUUUCCGGCAUGCAACUGGUCAAUUGUAUGCUAUUUCAAAAGAUUUGGCAACUUACAUAUCAAUAAACAAACGUGUUUUGCAUAAGUACAUCAAUGAGGAUGUGUCUUUGGGAGCCUGGUUCAUAGGAUUAGAUGUUGAGCAUAUUGAUGAGCGCCGACUUUGUUGUGGUACUCCACCUGAUUGCGAAUGGAAAGCUCAGGCAGGGAAUACAUGCGCAGUGUCAUUUGAUUGGAAAUGCAGUGGCAUAUGUGACUCUGUGGAGAACAUGCAGUGGGUGCACAAUAGAUGUGGAGAAAGCGAGAAAUCUCUCUGGAUUUCUUCUUUCUAAGCAGGGCCACCGGAAGAUCUGACAUGACUAGCUGAAUGCUACAUUGUAUAACAGAUCAGAACAUGUUGUACAUUGUGCAGAAAAUGUAUUAGAUUCAUCUUGUAGCAAUAGUAGCUAAGCUAGGCUCAAUUUUGUGAUUGGGGCUCACCAUACACCGAUACACCAACUAUGCAGACCGUGGUUUCACUGAGACUGCCGGUGACGGUUGAGGGUACAUAGGCUGAUCUACUUUUUCUCAUGUUUUAGGUUGCCAUUUUUGUUGUAACUUGUAAGGAUCUAAUGUAUUCUGUGCAUUGUUACCAAGAUAUAUACAUAUAUGCAGAGCCUUUUCACUCUUCAA